UUCAGAAGCUUUUAAGUUUCAGAAUUUGUUCAAGUAAGUUCAGUCACGGUUGUCAUUUCAUCAUGGCUGGAAGUUACAAGCUCGUUGCGCUUCUCGGCCUUUUGGCCUUAUACGUUGGGGCAGGUGAAACUGCAAAUAUCCUGGGUGUCUUCACCACCAUCAGUCCAUCGCACAAUAUAGUUCACAUGUCCUACGUUAGGGCUUUGGCUGAACGUGGUCAUAAUGUGACAGUUGUUACAGCUCUUCCAACAAAGGACAAAAAUCCAAAAUAUCAUCAUAUCCUUAUUCCACAAACCGAACAACGUAAGAAGGAAGUAGAUGAAUUCAAAGCAAAGCUGAAACUAACCAAUCGAGGAAUUAUCGAGUCAAUUAAGGAUGGAGUAGCUAAUGUGUUUGGUUUUGGACACAUGCAAUCUGAUCCAUUAAAAGAUCAACGAUUCCAGGAUUUGAUGAAUAAUCCUGACAAUAAAUUCGAUCUUGUUAUCAUGGGAUAUUUCUUCAAUGAAUUCCAUAUUGGAAUUGGCGCACAUUUCAAGUGUCCAGUUGUGAUAAGUUUCAUGAGUGCUACAAAUAAUUUUAUAGACAGUUUAAUUGGUAAUCCGCCAGAAGUUGCUUAUGUUCCAGCUUCGCCAUUGGUUGCUGCUCCAGAUCCAAUGAAAUUUACCGGAAGAUUACAGAACUUCAUUACGAAUUUCUUCAUUAGGUUAUUGGCAUUUUUCUUGGACUGGGAAAUGUCAAAUUUGUACAGUGAAAUCUUCCCUCCUUCGAAAUAUCCAUCAUUUGAAGAUGCAAAGAAGAAUGUGUCAUUGGUUUUGUGCAACUCUCAUUUUACCGAAGGAGUAGUUCGUCCAAAUGUACCUGGCCUCGUUGAUGUUGGUGGAAUUCAGAUCAAGCAGAAGCCUGAUCCUUUGCCAGAGAAUCUUCAAAAAAUCUUCAAUGCUUCGUCAGAACACGGAUUGAUCUACCUUAGUUUUGGAUCAAAUAUCAAAAGCGCUGACAUGAAUCCGAAACUUUAUGAAAUCCUCUUCAAGGCCUUAGCUGGUCUCAAGCAGAACGUUCUCUGGAAAUGGGAUGCUGCUAAAAAACCCGGAAAUGCUCCUAACAUUUUCUAUGAAAAAUGGCUGCCCCAAGAUGAUCUCCUUGCCAAUACAAAUGUGAAACUCUUCAUCACACAUGCCGGCAAGGGAAGUGUCACCGAAUCACAAUACCAUGGAGUUCCAAUGGUAGCGAUACCAUUUGGAGCUGAUCAAGCUUCAAAUGCUGCUGCUGUUCAAAGAGAUGGCUUCGGAUUAGAACUCAAUCAGAAGACAAUGACAGUAGAGGAAUUAAGAGGUGCAGUUUUGGAAGUGCUCGAAAACCCUAAGUUUGCUCAAAACACUAAGAAAUUUUCGACACUUUAUCGAGAUAGACCUAUGCAUGCAAAGGAUACAGCUGUUUUUUGGUUGGAAUAUGUUCUAAGGCAUAAGGGAGCUUAUCAUAUGCAGAGUCCUCUGGUGAAUUUAAGUGGAAUUCAGUAUUUAAGUUUGGAUGUUAUAGGUUUCCUACUGUUAGUUCUAUUUGUAGUCUAUAAGGCAGUUACUGUUCCAACUAAGUUUCUGUACAGGAAGAUCUUCUCAAAGAAACCAAAAUCAAAAACACAAUAAGUUUUAUAGUUUAAGAUCUUUUAUUUGAGUUUUGUUUGAAAUAAAAUAAGCCUUUUUAUGAUGA